CAACUAAGUAUUAAGGCUCGGAGGAACUGCAGCAACAACGGCGUGGCUCAAGUUGUGGCGGCUUCGUGGUCUAACAACCACGCCGUUCCUGACUUCACUCCGGCGGCUAAUGCCGUCGAUUCCUCCGCCUUUGCUCCGCUGGUGGAAAAUGCGGCUUGUAAUGAUGAAAAUGUACAAAUUGAGGGUUUGACAGGUGUUAAUAAAUACGCUUCGUUUUUGAAUUCCGAUGGAAGCGUCGCUAUUCAUGCCGGUGAAAGGUUGGGACGCGGUAUUGUUACUGAUGCCAUAACUACCCCAGUGGUUAACACGUCUGCUUACUUCUUCAACAAAACUUCUGACCUUAUUGAUUUCAAGGAAAAAAGACGUGCAAGUUUUGAAUAUGGGCGCUAUGGUAACCCCACUACUGUUGUUCUAGAGGAGAAAAUAAGUGCACUUGAGGGCGCUGAAUCAACCUUGGUAAUGGCAUCUGGAAUGUGUGCCAGUACUGUAAUGCUGUUGGCCUUGGUUCCUGCUGGUGGCCAUAUUGUAACAACCACAGAUUGUUACAGGAAGACCCGUAUUUUUAUUGAGACGAUACUGCCUAAAAUGGGAAUUACGGCCACAGUCAUUGAUCCAGCGGAUAUUGGAGCUUUGGAGUUAGCUCUAAAUCAGAAGAAAGUGAAUCUUUUCUUUACCGAGUCUCCAACAAAUCCAUUCCUGAGAUGUGUUGACAUUGAGCUGGUUUCAAAGCUUUGUCAUGAAAAAGGAGCCUUGGUUUGUAUGGAUGGGACGUUUGUGACUCCUCUCAACCAAAAGGCCCUUGCUCUAGGUGCUGACCUUGUUCUGCAUUCUGCUACAAAAUUCCUUGGCGGGCACAAUGACGUUCUUGCAGGUUGCAUUAGUGGUCCUUUAGAAUUAGUUUCAGUAGUUCGAAACUUGCAUCACAUCCUGGGUGGUGCUAUCAAUCCAAAUGCUGCAUAUCUUAUCAUCCGAGGCAUGAAGACGCUGCAUCUUCGUGUACAGCAACAAAACUCAAAUGCAUUGAGCAUGGCCGAGAUUUUAGAGGCUCAUCCCAAGGUGAAACAUGUCUUUUCCAGGGUUGCCGAGUCAUCCAGAAUAUCAUAUUGCAAAGAAGCAAAUGACUGGCUUUGGUGGUGUGGUCAGUUUUGAGGUUAACUACUGCAAAAUUUGUGGAUGCUCUGAGAAUUCCCUAUAUUGCUCCAUCAUUUGGAGGUUGUGAAAGCAUUGUGGACCAACCAGCAAUAAUGUCUUACUGGGAUCUUUCCCAGUCAGAUAGAGCUAAGUAUGGGAUCAUGGACAACUUGGUUCGGUUCAGCUGAUGUUCUUCAGGCUUUGGAUUCCAUAUAGGCUAUUUCACCUGCAACGAUUUUCCUUUUCUUUUUAUUGAUUUGAACUUCUAUUAUUGUUGACUUUCUCACUUGACCAAUGGUUGGAAUGUAAUGAAAGGAUCGUCAAGUAGA